AUGCUUUUGCAAUCAUUCUUGUUUUUGAGUAAUCUAAGUUUGAUAAAUCAUUUCUUUUAUAUACAGUCGUGGCCAGAAAUAUCUAAGUUCCAGAAUAAGCCUUUUCCCCUCUAUGAUAAGCCUGGUGAUCUCUAUGAUGGACACAUAGAAGAAGGUAACUUCAAUUUCACAUCAACUGAAGCUACACAAGUGAGUGAUGGUGAUCAUGAAGUGGAAAGAGAGGAUAAUGCCUUCUCUUUUGACCUGAAUCAAUAUGGUGAUGAUUUACACAUGUAUGAUGAUCCUAGAGAUGUCGCCCCAAGUGAUGGUCCAAGAGAUGCUGCCCCAAGUGAUGGUCCAAGAGAUGCUGCCCCAAGUGAUGCUACUCAAGUAGGUCCUCCUAGUAGUUCAAAUAAUAAGCUAGUGAAGGAGACUAAGAAGAAGAAACGUGAUGAUCCAAUGGUGGAAGUGAUGGCACAAUAUGUGGAGAUCAAGCAGAAGCAAGCAGAGCAGGAGUCUGCUCUGUUGGCCGGGUCAAAAAAUGCCCAAGAAUUCUCUCUCAAUUCUGCUGCAGAAGAUGAAGAGAGUGAUGUUUUGUUUCUUCGGAGUGAAAUGGCAGAGUUGCCUCAACGUAUCUAA